AUGACCGCCGAACCACAUUCCUCGACCUUCCCGGUCACAUCACCGGACGUUGAGGCCCAGUCCACCAAGUACGGCGACAACUCCAAGGUGCCUCACUUCUGGCUCGUCCUACACCCAGACGGCGUGACCGACGCCGUCCUCAACUACCGCUACCCUGGCGAGGGCACGGCUGAGAACCCCUAUGUUGUCGACUUCUUGCCUCAGGAUGCUUCCAACCCCAUGACCUACCCGAACUGGAAGAAGUGGGUGAUUACUGCCCUGCAGGCAUGGGCGACUCUUGCUGUGGCAUUUGUCAGUACAGCGUACUCGGGCGGCAUCCACGAAAUUUUGGUGUAUUUCAAGGUGGAUACAGAGAUCGGCAUUUUGGGUAUUUCGCUGUUUGUGUUGGGUUUCGCCAUUGGGCCUUUGUUGUGGGCUCCGUUGAGCGAGUUCUAUGGGCGACAAAUUAUCUUUUUCUUCACCUACUUUGCUCUGGCUGCGUUCAGCGCUGGUGCUGCAGGCGCACAGAAUAUUGAAACGCUCGUUAUUCUGCGCUUCUUUGCCGGUGCCUUUGGCGCUUCGCCCCUGACCAACUCGGGUGGUGUCAUUGCUGAUAUGUUCAACGCUCAAGAACGUGGUCUCGCCGCUGGUCUCUUCGCCAUGGCUCCCUUCUUGGGUCCUUCUAUUGGUCCCAUUGUCGGUGGUUUCCUCGGUGAAGCUGAAGGCUGGCGCUGGGUCGAAGGCCUCAUGGCCAUCUUCAGCGGUGCUCUUUGGAUUGCCUGCGCCAUUUACGUGCCCGAGACCUACGCCCCGGUCCUCCUCCGCCGCCGCGCCGAAAAGCUCUCCAAGCUCACCGGCAAGGUCUACAUCUCCAAGAUGGACCUGGCGGACCCACGUCCCCGCUCUGAGCAGGUCAAGACGAUACUCUUGCGCCCCUGGAUCCUUCUCUUCCGCGAGCCGAUCGUCUUUCUCACCAGUAUCUACCUCGCUAUCGUCUACGGUACACUCUACCUCCUUUUCGCCGCCUUCCCCAUCGUCUUCCAGCAAAAGCGUGGCUGGUCGCCUGGGAUCGGUGGUCUUGCCUUCGUCGGUGUUGCUGUCGGUAUGAUUUUUGCGGUCAUGUACUCCGGUAUUGACAACAAGCGCCGGUACAUGCCCCUGGCAGCCAAGUAUCCCGGUGGUCUGGCGCCCCCCGAAGCUCGUCUCCCUCCCGCCAUCACCGGCUCGAUCCUCCUCCCCGUUGGCCUCUUCUGGUUCGCCUGGACCAAUUCCCCCUCCAUCCACUGGAUCGUGCCGAUCAUCGCCUCGGCCUUCUUCGCCGCCGGCCUGGUCUCCGUGUUCUUGUCUCUCCUCACCUACAUGAUCGACAGCUAUACCGUCUACGCAGCUUCCGUGCUCGCGGCCAACUCGGUCCUGCGCUCACUGUUCGGUGCCGCGUUCCCGCUAUUCACCACAUACAUGUACCAGGACCUGGGCAUCCACUGGGCGAGUACGAUCCCUGCGUUCCUGGCGCUUGCGUGCACGCCGUUCCCGCUGUUGUUCUAUAUCUAUGGUGAGAAAAUUCGGCAGAAGUGCAAGUAUGCAGCGGAAGCGGCCAGGGUGUUGGAGCAGUGGCAGAAGAAGCAGGGUGAGGAUGAUGGUGGUCAAAAAAAUGAGGAGAUGAGCCAGGUGCGUGCGCCAGGGACGUCGUCCGGGUCGGCGAGGAAUUUGACUAGCUCCUCAGAGGAUGAGGGGACGGUGGUUGUGUCGGAGGAGGAGCUGAAGAAGGUUUAA